UCCAAUCAGCAAGCGGCUUUCAAAUCGGAAUCGCGCACGGGGACCUGCGAAUAACACAACGGACGACAGUAAAGCCAGUCUCCUUGUACCCUCCUUUGUUGAUAGCUGAUAAGUUCCUAAAAAACCAUUAAUGAAUUACUUUUAUUUCUCAUAUUUGUGACGCGUUGUUUUUCGGUGUACGUAUCUUCACAACAACAACCACGAGGUGCUCACUAAUCGAUUAGCAACGACCUGGACGCUUACUUUACUACUAAACAGACCGUAGUGAGAGAUAACUUAUCUUACACUUGUAUGUAAAGCACAUCAACUGGAGUAGUACUAUGUCAGGUAGUGGCAAAAGUGUCACCGGUAAGGUCAAGGUCAGUGCCAGUGUUAAAAUCAAGAGGAAUAACAUGGAUGAUAAUGAUGUAUCCGCAUUCGAGCUCAUGACAGACGAAAUAAAGAUAGAAGAAGAAAAUGACACGCUUGAUUCAAGUGAAGCUAUAGAGCAGAAAGAUGACGACGACGGAACAGCUGCUGCACCUGUUAAUGCAGCGGACUCUGCUCAGCAGCUGCGGCAUCAGACUGAUAACGACGAUCCUUCGCCGGCGGACGGUGAACGGAUGAAUGUGGAUGUGGAAGAGGUGGACGAGACGACCCAAGAAGCCGAAGAAGUAUUAGGUAUUGAAAAAGACAGUGAUGUAGAAGACCCCACCGGGAAGACCACUUUCAGAAUAUCUAAAGUAUACAGCGUAGCGAAGGAAGAAGGCGAAGAGAAACGAGAUGAGGAGAAACAGACAAGAGAAGAGGAAGCCGAUAGCUCCAGCGUUCCGGGUAAAAAAUCGGAGCCUAAAACUGAAGUCCCGACUUCCAAAACUGAGAACAAGAAAAGUGCUAAAGAUGAGAAACUUUUAAAGCCAAAAACAACCAUGGCUACCCUAGCGAAGGUGCCCACACUGACAGGCGGGGUGCGCUUACUUAGCGGGGGUGUAAGGGGGACGAAUAUGCCUCUCCUUGUGAGUAUGACCGCCGGCAGCACGGGCAUCCCUCUCUUCCCGGCUGGUUUGCCACCUGGUCGCUACGUUAUUUUGCCCGGGACGUCUGCCACUACAAAGACAACCUGCGCAACCGUCAAUACAACCUCGGCGAGUAUGGCUCCGCGCCUUGCUACUGGGGUGACGGUCUCUCCUCCCGUGGCAGCAACGGCAGCAGCUGCUGCCGUCGUUGGCCAGGCAACCUCUGUCGCUGCUGGUGCUGCUGCCGUCCCCGCCCCCGCCGUAGCAACUGCCGUGGCUGUGAGGAGCAUCACCCCGACCCUCCAGGUCCCCCCACGCCAACACACACGCGAGAGAGGCAGAAGGAAGUCUUACACAACAGGCGAGAAAUUGGCCAUGAUCGAGGCAGUUGAGGCGGGUCAGAGGAAAAGCACAGUGGCCGAUCGCUUUGGCGUUGCGCCCUCCACCCUUGCCUGCAUACUCCUUCAAAAGCAUAAAAUUAGAGCCGAACAGGACAACCUCACCCGGCGUCGCUUCCGCCACGUCAAGUAUGCGGGAGAGGAAGGAGGGAGGCGCGUUGGCACCACCAGCCGGGCCCACACGAGCAUCACCCCCACCCUCCAUUCCCUGACCCCCUCCCAGGACCAGCCAUUCACCCACUUCUUGGCCUCGCUCACUGGUCCUACGCCCGCCGUUAUUGACACCCAACCUGAGGAAAUUAUUGCCGUGCCCGACCUGAUGGAGCGCAUCGAAGGAGGAACGGGUAGCGACGAAGUAUCCGGCGGAGAAGGGGCCGACGGCAGCGCCGGCGAAGGGAAGUCUCAGAGAGAGGGCGAAACCGAGGAAGAUGACGCCGAGAGCGGCGUGGAGUGCUUGGGCGUGGUGGAGGGGAGUGGUCCCUCGUCCAUGGACGUAGAGUACCAGCAAGGAAGUGCCUCCCCUCACGAAAAACCGUCAUCCUCUUCCUCUGGCGUGUUCGCUCGACGCCGUCAUCCUUCGGCGCCCCAGGCACAGCCCGAUGAUGAUGCCGUCGAUGAUGCCUUCAAACAAGACAUCGCAGACAGUGUGCCCUCUCCUACUUCGCAAGGUUUAACGGGGCCCUAUUUGCUGAAAAAAGAAGCACACUGCACCACGGUAUUAGAUCAACUCCUCCGGGAUGACACUUUCACUGACGUCACUCUCACGGCAGAGGGGCAGAGUUUACGAGCUCACAGGAUCGUUCUUUGUUUAGCAAGUUCUUACUUUCGUCAAGUACUGAGCCGUGAACAGAAUGUGCAGAGUGUAGUGCUCCUCCGUGAUGUCAAGUUUGCAGAACUUCGUAACAUCAUCCAUUUUAUUUACACAGGAGAGGCAACUGUAGAUGCAACAGAUCUAGAAUCAUUUUUGAGGACAGCAGAAAUGUUAGAGAUUACAUCUCUAAGUGAAGGACAGAAGUACAUUUCAAAUCGCGGCCCUUCUCAAGCGGGAGCUGCUUCUGGUUUCAGUAUAGGUGAUUUUGAGCGCCUUGUAGGAGCAAAGAGGCCUAACGGAGAAGCACAGUCACCUACAAGAAAGUCACAAAAAGUUUCAGAUGAAAAUUCAUCCUCAAGAUCUCCCUCAGCAGAGCCUACUGCUAUUUCAUCGGUUCCUCUAGUGCUAAUGAAAGAAGACCCAGACAAUGAACCUCCUUCCACAUCACGAGGUGAUCGAUCAGUGAAUGAAAAAUCCUCCUCAGAUCUCGUAACUUCUCAAGAGUCCUUUACUUCUGAAAUAGACAAACCUGGCCGAGAAGUUGGUAAAACUAGAAGGAGAAGAAAUUCAUCAGAAUCUAUAGGUGGUUUUGCAGCCAUAGCAGGUGUUCACAAAACUUCUGAAGUAGAAGAUGAAGUGUUUUCGCAAACACCAAAACCCGAAUGUCAACAGUUAGCAGAUCACGAUAAGUCACUCAACAGUGAAGCAAAUAACAUCUCUUUACCUGGAAGAUGUCCUUACUGCCCACAUGUUAAUCAGCAGUUUGAGGGAGUAGCAAUGAUGCGUCAUCUGUUGGUUUCUCACCCGUGCAAACCAGCUUUCCCUUGUUCGUUUUGUUGGAGGGUGUUUGUCAAAAGGUCACAUUUCAAGAGUCAUCUACUUAAUUGCCAACAGUCUUAUUAGUGUUAAUAUAAUGUAUAGUAUAAUAAAUGUUUCAGUGGUUGUGUUUGGGAGACUGUUGUUCCUAAUUAUUUUUGCAGUGUAUUCUGGAAUUAGUUAUCAAAUACUGUACAUGAAUGCCAUUGCCUUAUGUGCCAAGACUACAGUAUAGAGAUAUGUAAAGUCUAUUUUGUUCUUUUAUAUGCUUACAGAUUCCCAAAUUUUCAAAUUCUCUAUUCCUCAUAGUAUUUUGCCUCAUCAUUGUUAUUUAGUGUCUAUUCCUAUGUUUAUAUAUUUGCAAAACCUCUAGUUUUUCUACACUAGGGAUGAGCUCUCUAAAGGUGAGAAUUCCAUUUAGGUUGUCAGUUGGUGCUAUUUGUUUAGUGUCAAUUCCUGCAUAACGAGUUAUUGAGCAUGCAGCCAGGUCCAGGAUUCGUUUCCUUCAUUCUGUCUUUUUCAUCAUGUGUGUGGAUUGAAACAUUUCUAGGAAGGAUUAAUCAUUAUCGUACAUACGAGUAGAUUAUUUUUGUGUUUUACAGUUACUAAUCUUUGGACCCACAUGACAUACCUGUUUUUUUCAGUAAGUGGAAUGACAGUACCUUUACUUUUUAGCUUUUUAGCCAUGUCAAAUCACCAUUUUAAUUAUACAGUAUAAUAUUUUCUGCAUUGUGAGAUGAUCUUGUUUUGUCUCAUUUCAAUUGCAGCUCUUGUGAAGAUUGCUAGGGACACGAACAAAACUAUCAAGUUCUUAUCUCCUAUUCACUUGACAUAUUGCUCAUCAGUGCUAUUCUAUUGUUCGGUCAUAUGAUAUUACUUCCCAGAAACAAGGCUUCAUAUUUUUGUUGAUUUAUCCACAUCAUUUUCUGCUCUGUCUCAUAUCGAAAAAUUGUGGUUUGCGAGUUAAUGGUCUUUCAGGAUUAUUUCAUAGUAAAGGAAUAUUUUAAUAAUAUUGACAAUAGCAGAUUCCUAAACCUACUAAUGACCAUGUGUGAGCAGUUUUUCAACCUGCCAUUUCUUUUAAACUGAAAUAUACUUUUGCUCAUGCGGACUGAAUUUCGCUGCUUACUACAGUCAGCAUCUCAAAAAUCUGCAGAUGAUCAGACUUCUGGAUAAGCGUAUUCGUCAUUUUCAGAUCUGGGACUUUUGUUCAAUACAUUAAAAACUCUCAUCACAUUCAUAAGUAUAAAAAUUCUGGAAUUUCAGAUGAUGAUGUGUGGUACAGUGCCCAAAUUAAACUACCUCAUUUUCUCAACCCAUGACAACAACUUUUGGUCAAAGCUAUUUACAGUUGACCUUUAGAUGUUGGUAGGGAAGCGAAGUAAAUGUAUCUUUGACAUUUUUAACCUUAUCUGUGAUAUAAUCUGCAGCUCUAAGGCAUCAUCCUCAAGUUGCGUUAUGGAAUGGGAUUCUCACAUGUUUGGGCAUCGUUUCCAACUUACACAGCUACAAAGGCUCAUAUAAAACGAUGGUAAGAGAUUGUGAUAUUUAAAAUCUUAAUUGUGUGGUCUUGCUAUAUUUUUGUAUUUGUGAGUUUAAUUGAAAUGAAAAGAUUAUUUCAGUUUACGUUCACCGCUGCAGUACAUGAAAAACUGUUUCUUACACGCGGUCAGACUUGAUAGAAAGAUAUUCUGUUCAAUUGUUGGUUGAAACACUUCUGUCAAUUGAGUUGAAGUCAGUAGUCUGCUGACUAACAUUUCCACUUGCAAACUUUUUAUUUAAAUGUGUAUUUGCUUAUCCUCAAUUAUUAUUGUGAUUUCAUGCAAGCAAAGUAAUGAGACCUGAGUAGUAUGACUUGUUAGUUAUUUUAUUCGUUCCAUGAUAUUAUUCCAUAAUAACAAAAAUAAAGAUAAUAGACCACUAGAGCAAGCAAAGCUGUUACUCCAAGCUUGCAGUGUGAACAAUCAAGUACAGAGAAUAUUUUAGAUAAAGCAUUCCUUACAGCAUUAGUUUAUAUAAUUUCUGAGAAUUUUUUUUCUAGAAGAUCAUGUUCUGAAAAUGUAGAGGCAAACAAUAUCUUGUAAUGUGGGCAUGUGGAUUUUAUGCAGCAGAAUUAUGGUUUGAUUUGUAAAAUUGUAUGUGCAGAUACAUUACCAGGUAGUGGCAUUUGAGUUAUCAAAUUUUGUAGAACCACUCCUAACCUCUUUACUAUACUACAAAUCCUUCAUAUUUUACUGAACAUGUAAAUGUAAAAUUGAUCACAAGUGAAUUUUCCAGUGGAAGGGGAAUGAGUAAAUCCUUGUCAUUCAGCACUGUAGUUGCUUCUUGCAGUUUUCUUUACAUCAUGUUGCAUUAGUUCAGCUACUGCACCACGAAUGUCUUUGGGAAUAGAUAGCUUAAAUGUCCUUGCUUUUAAGUCUUUACAGUACAAAAAAGAUAGUGAAGAGAGCUAAUGCCUUUUUAUGUCAAUCAGUAAAUUGAUGUUAGUGGUAAGUAAUUAAAGUAACUGAAAUUUUAUGCUUUUUUUAAUGGGAGAAAAAUGAAGUUUUAACAAAACCAGAGAGUCCUGUGAAUUUUAAACAAGCACUGAUGUGCUGGUAGUUGAUGGGAUGUGCAAUCUACUGAAAUGCUUCAGCCUGACAGUCCAGUGUAUGGUAAUCACAACUUUUAAGUUUUAUAUGUUGAUACAUAAUUAACAAUAAAGCUUUUUUUCAAA